AGCGACUGCGUAAUGCUUCGGACUGUCGACAUCAUUUUUUUCUCUUUCAAAAGGAGUAAAAAGUUUCAUGAACUCUGGAGGAUUUGGGUGUGAGCAGUAAUCUGAGUAUAAAACAGGAAUUAGUUACUAAAAGUUUGUUUUAAAUGUACUAUGUAAGAGGGAAAGGGCUUUUAUUUCAAACACCUGGUCUCCUUGUGUGUACUUUGUUUCUUUGUGUGAUCAUAUUGACGACUCUGAUGCAAAUUACAACCAGGAAAGAGAAUCGGAAAAAAUAACAGUGGGCGUCGCAUUUUGGGAUUUUCUUCAUUUAGUUUCGGGAUUUUAUUUAGAAAGAAAGCAACAUGAUGAAAGGAGGAUCUGCAGUUUUGGCUGUUUACGUUGCAAUUUUGUGUUCUACUGGAGCCUACGUUUUGGGCUUGGCUAAGGAUUCAGUUCCCAGGAAAACCAUCUCUCACGAUGAACUUCAGCAGUUGACAUCAAUGAAAAGUUUCUCCUACCCCAGUACUACCUUCACCACCUUUUUGGUAAAUGAGUUACAAAACCGUCUCUACGUGGGAGCAACUAACACCAUCUUUAUUCUUAAUUUGACUUCAGUGACACAGGAUCCAUUUAUGAUAAAGUGGAAUGUUACAGAAACUGAGCACAAAGCCUGCACCAGAAAAGGCAAGGCAAAGACCAAGUGCCAUAACUAUAUUCGAAUUCUGAAAGCCUGGAAUGAGACACAUCUCUUUGCCUGCGGGACAUAUGCUUUUGAUCCUCAGUGUGCAUACAUCAACAUCUUCAAUUCUGUCAACACAUCAGAGAGUAGAGUACAAGGAAUGGAAAAGGGACGAGGGAAAUGUCCAUUUGAACCAAAGGACCCAUUUGCUGCUACCCUAGCAGAUGGAGUGCUAUAUGCAGCAACAGCAAUUGAUUUUCAGGGCAAAGAUCCAGCUGUAGUUAAGAAUACAAGAUGGCAAGAAAAGAUCCGCACGGAGGACUCUGUCAAAUGGCUGAGUGACCCAGAGUUUGUGGGAUCAACAUUUAUCAGAGCAGAUAGUGGCACCGGUGAUGAUGACAAGCUAUACUUCUUCUUCAGUGAGACUGCCCGAGAAUUUGAAUACUACAAAGUGGUGCGUGUUCCGAGAGUGGCCCGUGUUUGCAAGGGAGACAUCGGUGGUCAAAAAACACUCCAGAAGAAGUGGACCUCCUUUCUCAAAGCCCGUUUGGUGUGCUCUGAUGAGAACAAUGAGAUGUUUUUUGAUAAGAUUCAUGAUGUUUUUACUCUUCAGUCUGACAAGAAUGACAAGAGUUCCGCUAUCUUCUAUGGAGUCUUUUCCACGAGAUGGGACAACCAGGACGUUUCUGCAGUGUGUGCUUACAGCAUCGCAAAUGUGCAGAAAGCUUUCGAUGGGCAAUAUAUGGAGUAUAAAGGAGAGUCUGACAAGUGGGGCAUUUAUCGAGGCGAAAUCCCGGAUCCCCGUCCUGGCACAUGCAUCACUAGCCAAUUGAAGGAAAAGGGCUACAACACAUCCUUGGACCUGCCAGACAAUGUACUGAUGUUUGUUCGAGAUCAUCUUCUGAUGGCUGCUUGGAUCUACCCAAUUGGUGGGAAGCCACUCCUCAUCAUGAGAGACACUCUAUAUUCCAAGAUCCUAGUGAAGAAAAUGAAUGCUGGGACUGAGGUUUUGUACUUGGGUACAGAAUCUGGACAUUUGCAUAAAGCAAUUAGAAGUGGCUCUAAAACCCAUGUAGUGGAGGACUAUGCAAUCUUCAAGCCAGCUGAGAAAGUUCUGAACAUUGCUCUACAUCAGGAAUUUGUCUACGUUGGAUCACAAAACUUGGUGGUUCAGCUUCCAGCUGUAAACUGCAGCAGGUAUUCCCAUUGUGAGGGCUGCCUUUUGGCCAGGGAUCCGUCUUGUGACUGGGAUGUGCAAAAAUUGGAAUGUGUUCAAUCCAGGAACAAAACAGCUCAUUGGAAUCUGCAAGAUCCAUGUAAAACUGAGAAAGGCAUUUCACUGUCAGGGAAGAUGGUGCCAGUGGUGAAUGGGACCAUGGUUUUCCUUCAGUGUGAACCCAGUUCUGCCUGGUCAACGUGUCACUGGACAACACCCAAUGGAAAUUUGAGUAACAACGAUAAUGCCAAGGGAAUUGGCGUGUUAGCUGCACCGAGCAGCCUGGGUGAUUACAGGUGCACGUGCAUUGAGGACAAAAUUCAAGCUCUUACAGCGUUCUACGUUCUCGAGUUUGGAUCUUCAACUGAUCCAAGGAAGGAAACUCAAUCUGUUAGUUAUAUACUGCUGCUUUUCUUAUUUAUCCUUGGCUUUAUUCUUGGUGCCUUUGCUUACAAGCUUGGCGAUUGGUAUUGCAGCAAGAAAAACGCACCUCAGAGCAGCCAUAAGGGGAAUUGUACAGACGCAGCUGGAGGAGCCACAGUCCCCAGUUUGGACUCCACCGAUGAAAUCCGACCCCUGACCAUCAGCCAGAAAACUGAAUCAGGUCUAAAUGGAACCAGUGAAAAAGACGAUGACUAUGAAACUAUGGAUAAGGAAGUGAACGGAGUGAACGUGGCCCCAUUGAGAAACCACACCAUUUCUAUUAUAUCAUGCCAGGAUGAAACCUCAAUUUAAUCACUAGCUGACAGACGAACCACCACCCUUUAUGAAUAUGCCCCCUAAAAAGCAGUCAAAAACCUGCUUUACAAAAAUGUGUUGCUUUGAACUCUGUCCACAAGUGUUUCUUCGAAGUAAGAAAGUAAAAAUUUUGGGAAUGUGAUGCCCACUCUACAUCACAGUUUUGGCAACACUUUCAAACAUGCCUUGUACAGAAUCCUUGCCUUGGAAGUGGAGGGGAAAGUGAUUUACUUUUAUUAUGUGACCAUUUAACUCUCUGAAGAUUACCCAAGUUGCCCGGUAAAGUUUAAACCAAAACAUUUAAAGAACUGGCAUUGUUUAAACCUGUGAAUAUAUUUUUUUUAGAGAGUGUGAAAGAUGGAACUUAGUUGAGUGGUCAGGUCUCUGGGAUGGACUCUUGUUCUGUAGCGAGCUCAUUGAUCUCAGUCCAGGGUGUUACUGAGUAUUGCCAGGAGAGUAAAUGGCAAAUUUCUGCUCUUGAUCACCAUUCCAUGACCAUUUAGCAGCUAUAGAGGACACAUAUACAUAUAGCAAGUGGUCAAGACUAGUUCUGAUAGCUCUGUUAAUGGUGAAAUUACUUGCAGAGCUGUGAAGAAAAAUUGGAACAGUGAGAUUAAUUGGAUAGCUCUUCCAAAGAAUCAGCCCACACACAAUAGGUCAAAAAGACUCCUUCUAUAAUGUGUCAUUCUAUGACUGUUUAGGAGUAUCUGUGAAUCAGUGACCACUGGCCGAGAUAUUAUUGUUACCUUGCACUUAAAGAUUCACACUGAAAAAGGAGUCAACGUCUUUGAGAUAGGAGAAUUAAUAGAAGUAACGACAAAAAUGACCACUAAUAUUAACACCUAAUACCACUCAUCCCAUAGGAUUGUCCAGAACUUAUUACAUCUUCAAAAUGCUUUGUCUGUGGAGAUGCAUGCCUAUCAGUGGGACAGCUCAAUCCGAACUUGGAAUAAGGAUGUUGCUGUGUAUAGUGCUCCAGUAACACCAGCAUGCAGUCAGCACUUCUGCUGUGUGACUACUGAGAAGAAGAAUGCAAUCGAAGACAUUGUAUCACCUGGCAUCUGCAUUCCUUUCAUUGCCGUUGGAAUCUCAGGAGUCACCGAAUUUAGAAUGUUCCUAAGCAGAAAGCAGAACUGAGCACAACCACCACUGUCCUCAUUUGGCCUUCCAUACUGUUUCAAUGUUGCUCUUGCUAUUUUCAGUGGAAGGACCAACUACUCAACAAUUGUAAACAUUAGUCAUUGUUUAUUUUAGCCCUUGGAAUGCUAUUAUUUGAUAUUUAGUUAUUACUGUUAUCCGUUUUACUCUUGCUUCUCUCCAAAACUUUUUUGUAAGGAUCCCAACUUAACAGAAAUUGACUGAUGCUCUUCCAGUGCACUUUUGGCAGCAGUGGAACGGGGGGAAAGUGAAAUAUGAGUUGAUGUGUAGCAUUAUGUCUAACUUUUGUGCAUUGCAUCAGGUUUAACCUGGGAGAGCAGUACUUUGGGAACAUCACAGCUAUCUUUAAACUUAUUUAGUAGACUGUGUGUGGGAGUGAAGGACUCACACUUGAAGCCAAUAAAUAUCCUUUAUGUGCGAUGUUCUUAAUUCACCAUCUCACAUAACUUCUGAAACUAUUCACUUGUGAUCACUAUUACAUGAGGUAAUAUUAACAGUCUACAAUGAAUGAUUUUGAAAUAGCCAUUCAUUAUACAUCUGAUAUACCCUUCCAUUAGCUUUAAUUGAUAGGAAGAUCAGGCUGGAUAUUUAAUGCCUGAGUAAUCUGCAUUUUUCCAGUUUCUCAAAGUUUAAGUUAGUCCUUUCUCUUUUACAGUUCAAAUCAUUCACUUCAAAUGAAACCAUUUGAAACGACGUAGUGUUUUUUUCAUAGUUAAACUGGGCUUGUUAUGAAAACCACAUGGCUCUUGAUGUAUGGGGGCUAGCGUAAAAUGUCAGCAGUGUCACAAUACUGCGUGCUUUAAGUGCAGUUCUGCUGAAUACUACGUGCUUUAAGUGCAGUUCUGCUGAGAUUACUGGUGUCCGUCCCUUAUCUCUAUCAGUAUUCAGCAAUAGGCCUGAGCCUUUCCAGUAUUGUUCUUUAUGAAUUUUGAUUUAUAAUUUUAUUUGAUGCAGAUUGCAGAAGGUUGAAAAUUGAUGGGAGGGUUAGGGGAGGGAUGGUAGGGAUUUCUGAUGGCUCAGAGGGUCGAUCCUGACCUGGAGAAGGACAGGUCAGGUUGUGUCAGUCCAGUGUCAGCUGAGACAGCAUAGCGGGCCAUAGAGUGUCCCUGAGAGACUCAGAGAAAAAACAUGAAGAGAUUCUGUACUACUUUGACCUGAUGUCAGAUAUUUGGGUGCACAUGCGAGGUCAAGAUUUUCAACAAUGAUACAUUCCUUGGAGAAUGAGCAACCGACACACUCUCUGUAUAGUCUCUGGUGUGACAAUUGGGCACAUGAACAAAUGAUUUGAGGGGCUUGCCUUUUAGAUCUGUAGCUCACUGGAAAUUGGUAUCUUGUGAAGAAUGGGGGAGUAAUUUAGGGAGGGUUAGGGUGUGGGGAUUUAUGCUUGGGACAAUGAAUAAAUUCUGAGCUUUUGACUGGCUUUUUAUAUAUAAUCAACCUAUUUGUUGCACCCUGUUGUACAUUUGUUUCAGAAAUUAUCUGUCAUUAUUACAUGCUGUGGUGCAAAGUGACUGUGCACAUCUUCAGUUUAAUGCAGUAGCAGGGGAUCUAGGUAACUGGCAGAUAAAAUGUUUUAACCAGUUGUAUAGAGAAAUUCUCAGAGUCCAGUUACCAAAAUUAUGCUUUUUUAAAAUAAAUGACUAUUUUGUGGUAUCUCAAAAA